CUGCAGUGAAGCCUCCUUACACCACCACUGCCUGUUGAAUCAGGAGGAAUUCUUGCCCAUUGUCUUCUGGAGACCCUGACUGCUCGGUGAAGAUGGUGUCAUGCCAGUGCAGUCUUGCUUGCUGGAGAUGCAGGUGGCUCCUGCCCCUUAUCCUUGGCUUAGCGAUCAUCAUGGGCAUCAUUGCGCUGUCUGGCAGGGGCUGGCUGGAGUCGGAGCCUGUGUCAGGAUCUGAGCGUCACCAAGCAUCUUUGUGGGAGAACUGUGUUCAGCAGCCAGGUGAUCCUAACUGGAACUGCGAGUCCCUCAUGGACUACACCUGGGGAAGAGCUGCCGCUGCUACAUACCUAGUUGGCUUUGUGAUCCUGGUCAUCUGUUUUGCCCUUGCAAUCAUAGCCUUCUCUGUCGAUAUACUUCGUUUUAACUUUGUGCGAGGAAUUGGAGGAUUGCUCUUUGUUGUUGCUGCAUUCCAGAUUAUUGGAUUGGUUAUCUAUCCUGUGAUGUUCAUAAACACCUUUCAAAAUCUGACUGGAUUUAACGUGUUCAGCUGGGCCUACGGUUUUGGUUGGGCUAGCACUAUAGUUGUAAUUGGCUGUGCUUUCUUCUUCUGCUGCCUGCCCAACUGGGAAGAUGAGGUCCUUGGUAACAUCAAACCUAUGUAUUAGUAACCUUCUCCAGAGAGCAGUUGAACAGCAUAUUGUGUACCCUGAAAGAAUAAAUUCAAGUAUAAGCGCAUAAAAAAUUAUGGUAGGAGAGCUUUUUUUCUGUUAUUUUUUUUUAAGUUGGGCGUUAGAGGCUGAAAAAGACCAUUUUAUUUUUCAAAUGAAUUUUGAACCUGCACAGUACUGAGUUAGUCAAAAUGUAUGGCAGAUUUCAGCAAAUAUUUUUGGUCAGAGAAUGUUUGUAUUUCAUACCCAUGUGUGAUACAAAUAUGUUUGGAUUAGUCCAUUUGUUGCUUCCCUCUAAACACGCAAAUUCUCACUAACAGCAUAACAAACAUUGCAUCUUUAUUUAGACAUCCAUUUACAAAAAGGAUUUUAGCCUUAAGUUACAAGGGGAGGGUGAAGAGGAAUAUAUUGCAAACUUGAAUAGUCCUUUUGGAGACCUCAAGUGGCACUCGUGUGGUUAUGCACAUUUCUCAUUGAUAAGAGAGAAUGUAAAAACACUCCGAAGAGUGUGCUUUCCAUCCAACAUAACUAGUCCUAAAGAAGUAUGUUUAUUGUUUGAGUCCACUGAAAUUCAAGACUUCUGAGAUUGGCCAAUACCAGGGGUGAGAAGAUAAUCUUAUACUGAUUUAAAAAUCUGAAAGUCUAAAAAAUUUAAGUUGGGUGGAAUGCUCCCCAAAGGUAGACAGCAAACAUCUACAUAUACAGCUGGCAUUCAUUUUUGAAGACUGCAAUUCUUGCAUGCGCUGAAGUGCUGAGUAGCUUAACACAGAUAUUUUUAAAAGAGAACAAGCACCAAUCUUUGUACCAUUAUAAUGUAUUUUGUUGUAUUUUAGAGAUGUUAGUUCAGACGAUAUUUUAGAGUUGUAUUUUUUUAUUGAAUAUUUUUCAUUUCCUUCAACCUUUAAAAAACACAUUGCUGUAGCUAUGAUACAAGCUUUGGGGAAAGUUGGAAUAAAACUGAAAAGUUUUAAAAAGC